AGUUAGAACCAAAGCACAUACACAGAGCUCCCCCAAACCCAUUGGGGUUUCUCCUGUAUAACAGUGUUACGGGGAGCACACACACCUCUUCAUCUUCCAUUAAUACGCUCCUGUGUAAGCUACGAUCACCCUCAAACCCUAGCAAUCCGCCAUGUCUCUAGGCUAUGCAGAGAAGCUCUCAUACAUAGAAGAUGUAGGCAAUGUCGGAAUGACUGAAAUUCAUGAUCCACCACACAUCCUACAGGAAAAGAUUGAACGACUUACCAAGAUGAUUCGUAAGAGCAAGCAUUUAGUUGUGUUUACUGGAGCUGGGAUAUCAACUUCUUGUGGUAUACCUGAUUUUCGUGGGCCCACGGGAAUUUGGACACUUCAGCGGGGAGGCAAUGCCUUGCCAGAAGCAACACUACCCUUUCAUCGUGCAAUGCCAAGUAGGACCCACAUGGCUUUGGUUGAACUAGAGAGAGCUGGCAUUCUUAAGUUUGUUAUUAGUCAAAACAUUGAUGGCCUUCAUCUUCGAUCUGGAAUACCAAGGGAAAAACUGUCAGAAUUGCAUGGAAAUUCCUUCAUGGAAAAAUGCACAUCAUGUGGUUCUGAGUAUUUUCGGGACUUUGAGGUUGAAUCGGUUGGAUUAAAGGAGACACCACGAAGGUGCUCCAAUGGUGAUUGUGAUGUUAGACUUAAGGACACAGUUCUUGAUUGGGAGGAUGCAUUGCCCUUUGAAGAAAUGAAUCCAGCCGAGGUGCACUGUGACCGGGCCGAUGUUGUAUUAUGCCUGGGUACCAGUUUACAAAUAACUCCCGCAUGCAAUUUGCCUCUGAGGUGUCUUCGUGGUGGUGGCAAGUUUGUUAUUGUGAAUCUUCAGAAAACUCCAAAAGACAAGAAAGCAAGUUUGGUCAUUCAUGGAUUUGUAGACAAGGUGAUUGCUGGAGUCAUGGACCUUCUCAAUUUACGAAUUCGCCCUUUUGUCAGAAUAGAUCUUCUUCAAACCAUUUUCACUCAGGCAUUGAGUUUGGAUCAGCGUUAUGUCAACUGGACACUCCGGAUAGCAAGUGCACAUGAUAAGAGGGCUCUGGUCCCUUUCAUAAAGUCCAUCGAGGUAUCGUUUUCAGACCACACCAUGAAAGAGGCUGUUCUAGAUAAGUAUCCUUUUCAGCUUAAAAGGAGAACCGUUUGGAAAAUUGAACCAUUUGAUGUCAUCUUGAAAGUUAACUUCAGUGAGGGCUGUGGAUGUGCAUGCAGCAGAAUAAAGAUCCCUAUCGAUUUUCACGCAUCAAAAGACGAUUUGACACGCGAUAGAGAUCACGUUUUUGAAAAACUGAAAUCUAAAGCAAUAAAAAGUUCAUCUUGCGGGCAGAAUUCCGUUAUCGAGAGAAAAAUGUUAACAUCGCCGAAAACUGAAGUUGUAAUACGUGCGGUUGUGACCAACGUUAGAUGGUAUGACGAAAUAACAGUCAAGACUUCUGGAGCCGGUUCUUUAAGCAAGUGCGCACUGAAAAGAAGAAAAGAAGGUAAGAACGAAGCUGAAGCAGCUCGUAAGCUCCCCAAAGGGCAGUAUAGGAAUGGUAAAAUAUAGAUAACUGACAAAUGGUUUGGUUUUUUAGACAGUGUACAUACAUAAAUCCUGGUUUUUGGGUAGAACUGUUAUAUAAUGUAGUGACUCUGAUGUUUGGUAGGUUUAUGGUGUGUCACCCGCAAUCUAGGGUUGUUGAUUGGGUUGAACUUGGAGCGGAAGGGACCAAACCGACCGGAAACUUAUAUAUACAAACUAUUGGAUGGGAAAAGGAUUGAUCUAAGCUGGUUUCGUA